GUCGUGUUCCUGCAGCUAGCUUUCUCGCGCUAAAUAAAAUUUGUCUUGACAGCCCGUCAUCCUGCUGUCACCUCAGACGACCCAAAGCGGAGGAUAACCGAGCAGCAGUUAAACUGUCGCCUCUCGUUUGCUUCUUCAGCCUUUUGUUGCAUUUUUUUCUUCCUUCCAAAACUAAACCAGAAACUUUUAAAAAUGAACGAGAGUGAGCCGAGCAGCUACCCGUUGACAGUUUACGACUUCGAGCGACGUUUCGACGAGAGAAGAGCGAUGGAAUGGAUGCAGGAAAACUGGACCAAGUCUUUUAUAUUCUCUGGCCUGUACGCUGCGAUCGUAUUUGGAGGGCAGCACUUCAUGAGGGAAAGGCAAAGACUGAACCUGCGUCGCCCGCUGGUGUUGUGGUCACUCAGCCUGGCCAUUUUCAGCAUCGUAGGAGCGGUCAGGACCGGAGCUUACAUGCUGCACGUCCUCACAAACGACGGCUUCAAACAGUCGGUGUGUGACAACAGCUUCUACAGCUCUCCCCUCACCAAGUUCUGGGCCUACGCCUUUGCCCUCAGCAAGGCCCCCGAGCUGGGAGACACCGUGUUCAUCGUCCUGCGGAAACAGCGCCUCAUCUUUCUGCACUGGUACCACCACAUCACCGUGCUGCUUUACUCCUGGUACACCUACAAGGAUCAGCUGGCGGGCGGCGGCUGGUUCAUGACUAUGAACUACAUGGUUCACUCUGUCAUGUACACGUACUACGCCGCCCGAGCGGCCGGCCUGCAGGUGCCGCGUCCCUUCGCCAUGGUCAUCACGGCCUUGCAGAUCCUGCAGAUGGUGAUGGGCCUGGCCGUGCAGGGCCUCGUGUACCACUGGAUGCACGAGUUGCGCUGUCCAUCCCACCAGGACAACAUCGUUUGGGGCUCUCUCUUGUACCUCAGCUACUUGAUCCUUUUUGCCUACUUCUUCUACAACACCUACCUCAAAGGCUCCCCCAGGGACAAAGGGUCCAAGAAAGAGUAGCGCGCCUCCCUGUGCUCGGGGUCGUAUUAAAGGCUCUGAACAUCCUCCUCUUCUGACUGCAGCUCAGAGAGGAGGAUGAUUUGGAGCAUUUUAAUGUGAUCUCACGAUGAAAGCGAGGAGAUUGAGGGGCAUUUCCGUAACUGUGUUUGACUAAAAAUAGCGCUGUCAUCAUUUAAACGAUUGCCUUGUUUACUUAAACUCCUUUAUCUAAAAACAGCCAUAUGAGGGCCAAAUACUGUCAGAGGCAACUGACACUUGUUCCUGUGUUUUUAAAGAAGUCAUUGAUUUAUAUGUAAUUAAUUUUACUUUAAUUGAGUGAGGAAAUGGUUCGUUUAGCUCUAGUUAGCUUAGCAUAAAGGCUGGAAGCAGGCUUUCCUUUCCCUGGAAAACUGACUUAUUUAAACUCUGCAUCUUUCUGUUUAACCUGCAAAUUAACAAAAACAUAAAAGCAACAGAUUCUUGACUCCAGCUCUAACAAACAUCUUUUACAGACGGGAUCCUGUUAAAGCGUUUACACACCGCCUGCUCACUGCCUUUAUGCUCGACUAGGAUAAACAAUCUGCACCAAAUGUUGAACUAGCCCUUUCAAAGUGACACCGGGGGCAGGUACUAAUCUGAUACCGUAAAAAUGAGCAUCACGUGGCGCCUGCAGGUGCAGAAACUGUAACACCUGUGUCCACCUGUGCAGGUUAGCAGGUAACAGGGAGUGAAGACUAAUGCACUAAAUGGCAGAGGAAUGUUUUCAUGCACGUAAACGUGCAGGAAGAAAAGCAAUGCAAGUUUUGUUCAGUGUAAUUUUUUAAAUGCUGUCACCUCUUUACCUUCAUCUAAAAAGAAAGCCUUCUCUGUCUGCUCCUCUCAGUUUACCUCGCUGGCUUAUACCUGCCUCAACUUGUUAGCUUAGGUUGUUUUUUCUGGGUUUUUUUUGUUUUUUUUAAGGUGUUGGUUUGAAUCCAGGUGAAGUUUCUGAGUCUGAGAGCACAACAGUAAAGUGACCAUAUUCUUAUAAAACGAACACAGAGGUUAAAUUUAGUGUUGCUGCUAAUGCCGUCCACAGCGCUGCGUUGCUUUGCUUCACCCUUUACUGCAGGUGAUGCACUGACCACUAAUAAGUACCUCAUGCAACCCAGCUUUCCUCUAACAUAGCCAAUAUUUAUAGCCGCUUUCACCACGCGUACACUCUGUAAGACAAGGCCUGAGCGAGGAACGCGUUCCUCAGAUGAAAGCCGUUCCAGCUCAAACAGCUGACAGGACGUGCGUUAAGCCAGACGUCCUCCUGUCCCUGUCGUUUGGGUUGUUUUCACAUGUUUACGCACUGUACAGUAUAUGUUUUUUAACGUUUUAUAAGAGAUGACGGGAACGAUUCACUGUUGGGACGCAGUUUCCAGAACCUUUUCUUCUGUGCAGCUGUGCGAUGGAUUUAAAAAGGAGACGUGUAGAUGUGAUGGAGAUGCAGACCUGUAGCUUUAACUCAGAGGUGUAACAAAAACAUUCCACUUCUAUGGUGCACAUUUAUUAAAAGCGAUAAAAAGCAUCUGAAAACUGUUUGAACUGAUUCUCUGAGCAGCAGGAGCUAAACCAGAGUGUCUCGUGUGAAGUGUUUAGCAGACAAACAAAAAGGAUAAACUGAACAUAAUGUGACGUAACAGGAGAGGUUUUUGUAUCUUGCAACUCCUACGAGGUCCGACCACUACGUUUGCCUUGUUGCCGACACUUGAUUCCUGUUUAGUUAGAAGAAAAAGCUUUAUUUUGAUCCAUCCUUUGUGACUUUGCCCUGUUCUCAUGUUGGUUUUGGUUAUUUAUUUUCCUUUUGUGGUUUAAAUUAUUUGAACAAAUUGAUACCAAACAUACGGCAGAUGACGAGGACCAAGUUUAUGUGGCGAUUGCUGCUGACUGUGGUGCUGCUGCUCUUUAUGACCUGCUGAAGAGGAGGCCACAGGGCGCUGGUGUCUGUUUUUAGAUGAGAGGGAUGUGUUUUCUUUACGUUUUCCAGCAGGUGUGAGGUUUACAUUCAGGUGUCACAUUAGGAAGCAGGUUGAGUUCAGUUUGCUCCAUCCACGCUCGCGCUUACACCGCUUCGGAGGGUGAACUGCGACGGUGUUCGUGUUUAAAGUUGUGCAGCACAUUCUCAAACCACGUCCUGUUUAACGGGCCUGUGCUCGCCACAGAAGCUGCUCGCCCUGGUUGGAAACGUGUGUGCUGAGCGCUGUGGUUUAAAAGCUGUGUGGAGACUUUUGACUUGGUGUGACGGAGCUGAUUUUGUGUUUGUGUCUGUAGUUGAAUUCCGAUUGUUCAGGACUUUGUGGAUUAGUUUGUCACGCUGACGCACCUUCUGUGAGAAACGACGUAGUUCUGAUAAAAGCACCGUUUUCAGAUGCACUUAUUGUUUCAGCAUCAACCAGUCGUAGUUGUUUUUAUGCGAUUUAAUAUAAAGAGCACUGAACACUGUUUGAAACUGCCUGCUUUUUAAAAUCUGACACAUUGUAACGCUGUUAAAACUUGAACUUGGUGUGCCAAACAUGCUUCUGUUUGUUUUCUGUUGUGCUUUACUUUGUUUUGUUGUCUGUGCUUUAUGUUUCCUACUGAUUUUUACUCCCUGUGGUUUCUACUGGAAAAAGGGCUUCGUGUCGAAACGUUAUAAUAAAAGUUUCUCUGUUUGUUGUUUCAGGGGUGAAAUAUUUUCACUGUGGAGAAGAAUAUCUGUUUAAAUAGAAGACGGACAAACUCGCCACAAACAUCAGCUGUUUGAUUUAGUUUCCUUUAUUAAGAUUAUCUUAAAAAAUAUAAAGCACAUAUUCAAGCCUCUGACAGGCAUGUGUGAUAAAGCCAGGACUUCAGUCUGAUUGUCUUUUAUUUUCUUUUUAUUGGCACAUACAUUAUAAACAUACUUAAUUGCUUUUAUUUAACUAAACAGCAGCUCUUGAAAUUUAAAAGCAAUCUUUUGCAAGAUUGUUGAGUCUUAAUCGUAGACGAGAGCCAAACUCAAGCAUACACAGCUUAAUGUAAAAUGCAUUUCUCAGAUGGUGAUGAGUUCUCAGUGACCUUGACCUCAGUGUGUGACAAUUAUGUGUGUGAAAGGUUGUAGCGUGAAGCCCUUUGAAGGUCACGGGUCUGAAAAAGUGCCGUAUAGAUGGCAGUCUCCCAUUACUCUGUUAUUCAGGCCUGAAUGUGGCAACUCAGCGACCGUGAGAGAAUUUUUCAAAAAGGUUUGUGUACAUGCGACAUAACGCCUCCCAUCACUUUAUUGGUCGCAAAUAAAAUCCCAGAAAGUGCCAUAAACAGUUGAGGUGUCUGCAGCAGCUGUGGGAAAACAACUAAACAAAGAUUUAAAGAGAUAUCUACAGAAGAUGUGAAAUAGAAAAUAUUUAAGGCUAAAACACACUUCUAAUUUUAUCAUAUAUAAGGUGAAUUCCUUGACCGACGACGUUAUUGGAAAACUUCUGAAACUGCUUUUCAAUGAAACUUUUAUGAUGCUCACGCUGUUCCUGUGUAUUCGUGCUGGUUUUAUUGGCAUUGCUAAGAAGGUGAUAGUUCAGUUUCAUUUAUUAUUGCGGUCAUAGUGCAUGUUUAAGGGAUGGG